AUGAACAAAGUCGCAAUCUUGACCUCGUCGACGCACGAGCCUGGCGUGACAAUCCGCCAGCGCUCAGACCUCAUCGCCCUGUUCGGGCCAACCUUCAACCUUGCCGUUCGCUUCCAGAGACUUGUCGCUGUUGCGUCGUCGCUGCUCUUCGUCUACGGCCAUCUCCUCGCCACCUCAACCCUCACGUCAACCGUUGUCGCGACUCGACUCUUCGCCGUCCACUCGUUCUAUUUCUUGAAUGCAACAGCAUUGGCGCUUCGGAAGUCAUUAUGGUUUGCGUGGAACUCCAAGCAAAUCAAGAGACUGAGGAAAAAGUUCUUCAUGGAGUUCGCAACUACGAUACUGGGUCCAGGCGGCAACAUGCUGAUCAUUUUGGUCUUCUGGCCGGGCUGGAUGUUCAUCUUCGGCGUUCUCUUCACUUUUUGGAUGCUGGCGGGGUGA